UCUUAGUUAAUUUAAUGUAGGGAAUCAUGUAUCAACACAAGGAUACAGUUUGGUAUCAUUUGCAUGUGAAAUGUCCUUGAGGGAUGAAGAACUUGAGUAGGAAGACAAAUCCAUGUGGUUUCUCACAAGCUAGUAUCCCUACCUCAGCGCCUCUUCACCAAUCAUUCAUGUAAAACAUGAGUUUCCACACACCCUAACAGCUAUAUAUACACAGGCAUGAUCAGGUUCAUGAGCAACUCAAAUCUUCUCCUUGCUAAGCAUCACAGCUUUCUCUUUUUCUCAAGUCCUUAAAAUUUUUCCUCCUUCACUUGGGAAUAUAGAAAUCAUGGGUUUGCGUUUUCCUGGAAUUGCUAAAACAACUUCAAUCCCGAAAGGCUUUUUUGCAGUAUAUGUGGGAGAGAGUCAGAAGAAGCGAUUUGUGAUUCCAAUCUCUUUUCUCAACCAUCCUUUAUUCCUGGAUUUGUUGAGUCAAGCUGAAGAAGAAUUUGGAUACAAUCAUCCAAUGGGCGGUAUCACUAUUCCUUGCAGUGAAGACACCUUCCUUGACCUUACUUCCCGCUUAAGUGUGUGAGUGAAUGCUUCUGAUUUGAACCUGGGAUCACAAACCAUCCUCAUUUCAGAAUUUGCUGCUGAGCCAAGAUGAAGAAGAGGCAAGUGUUGAUCAUCAAUGGAAUAGACUCACAUCUUCUGUUGAGGGGAAACUUCUGCAAGUCUGAAGUUGUCUGCAAGAUGGACAGAAAGAUACAAAGUUUAUGAAGCAAAGAGUGACAUGACAACAUCAUGAAUUCACAUAGACCACAUUCACCCCAACAUCAUGACUCCAGUUUAGAAUUCAAAAAGGGUCAAACUUUGUCUUACUUGACCUUUUUUAAUCCCAUGUAAAAUUCAAUGUUGGGUCUCCAACAAAAUAUGGUAAUAAUUAUAUAAUUAAUUCCUCA